CAGUCCCUGCCUGCUCCAGCUUGGAGAGCAUCGAGGAUCCUCCCAGAGUGUCACAUCCCCCUUCGGCUGCACCCUGAGGUGGCCCCGGCUGGGUUGUUGGUUCCAGUUCUCAGCAAAGGUGAUUUUAACCUGGAGAAGCCGAAGUUCUGGGAGGGACAUUAGAGUAUUCCACAACAGUCUCCUCCGUGGUGAUAUUAGACGAAGUCCAUUUGAAGUAGGUCUCCCCGGUCGCUACAGCUCUUAAAGGCUGCUCAGCCAAGAAAGGUGGCUCCAGGAGUUCGGAGACAAGGGAAGAAGAAGGUGCAUCUAUGAGGCUUUAGAAAAAACUAAUGGGUGGGACGGAGAGUACAGCUCAGGGACCAAGGUUGGAACAGAAGGAACUGUGAGGCUGAUCGAGUGUGGCAAGCUGACUUGUUUGGAUGGAGAGUUGCCUAGGCAAGCGGGAGUACUUGAGAGCCUCUCCUGCCCCCUCUCCAGUGUGCUUUCCAGCGAUGAGGUCACAGCCCCUCCGAGUCCUCCUCCUCCCUCCCGUCCCUCCCGCUCCCCGGUCUCCUCCAGCGUCAGGAGCUGGACACUGAGAAUGAGGCGACAGCGCGCAACAACGAUGGAGUAGCCCAGGAGGUCCCUUGAAAAAUGAGGCCAGGGUACCUGCUGCAGCUCGGGCUGCUGCUCGCCCUGCCCGGGAGCCUGUGGGGCAGAGGGUGUGCGUCUCCACCCUGCGAGUGCCACCAGGAGGACGACUUCAGAGUCACCUGCAAGGAACUCCACCGCAUCCCCAGCCUACCACCCAGCACCCAGACUCUGAAGCUCAUCGAGACUCACCUGAAGACCAUCCCCAGUCUUGCAUUUUCCAAUCUGCCCAAUAUUUCCAGGAUCUAUUUAUCUAUAGACGCAACUCUGCAGCGGCUGGAACCCCAUUCUUUCUACAAUUUGAGCAAAAUGACUCACAUAGAAAUCCGGAACACCAGAAGUUUAACUUACAUAGACCCUAAUGCUCUAACGGAACUGCCCUUGCUCAAGUUCCUUGGUAUUUUCAACACUGGACUUAGAAUAUUUCCUGACCUGACCAAAAUUUAUUCCACUGAUGUAUUCUUUAUACUUGAAAUCACAGACAACCCUUACAUGACUUCAGUCCCUGAAAAUGCAUUUCAGGGACUGUGCAAUGAAACCUUGACCCUGAAACUAUACAACAAUGGAUUUACUUCGAUUCAAGGGCAUGCUUUCAAUGGAACAAAGCUGGAUGCUGUUUACCUAAACAAGAAUAAAUUCCUGACAGCUAUAGACAAAGAUGCCUUUGGAGGAGUACACAGUGGACCAACCUUGCUAGAUGUGUCUUCCACCAGCGUCACUGCCCUUCCCUCCAAAGGCCUGGAGCACCUGAAAGAACUGAUCGCCAAGGACACGUGGACUCUCAAGAAGCUCCCGCUGUCUCUGAGUCUCCUCCACCUCACGCGGGCUGACCUCUCUUAUCCAAGCCACUGCUGUGCCUUCAAGAACCAGAAGAAAAUCCGGGGACUCCUAGAGUCCUUGAUGUGUAAUGAGAGCAGUAUCCGGAACCUUCGUCAAAGGAAAUCGGUGAAUGUCUUGAGAGGUCCCAUCUACCAGGAAUACGAGGAAGAUCUGGGUGACAACAGUGUUGGGUACAAACAGAACUCCAAGCUCCAGGAGAGCCCCAGCAACUCUCAUUAUUAUGUGUUCUUUGAAGAACAAGAGGAUGAGAUCGUUGGUUUUGGCCAAGUGCUCAAAAAUCCUCAGGAAGAGACUCUGCAAGCCUUCGACAGCCACUACGACUACACCGUGUGUGGGGACAAUGAAGACAUGGUGUGUACCCCCAAAUCAGAUGAGUUUAACCCCUGUGAAGACAUCAUGGGCUACAAGUUCCUGAGAAUCGUGGUGUGGUUUGUCAGUCUGCUGGCUCUCCUGGGCAACGUCUUUGUCCUAUUUAUUCUCCUUACCAGCCACUACAAACUGACCGUGCCGCGUUUCCUCAUGUGCAACUUGGCCUUUGCAGAUUUCUGCAUGGGGGUGUACCUGCUUCUCAUCGCCUCGGUAGACCUGUACACACACUCUGAGUACUACAACCACGCCAUUGACUGGCAGACAGGCCCUGGGUGCAACACGGCCGGCUUCUUCACUGUGUUUGCCAGUGAGCUCUCCGUGUACACGCUAACAGUCAUCACCCUGGAGCGAUGGUAUGCCAUCACCUUCGCCAUGCGCCUGGAUAGGAAGCUCCGCCUCCGGCACGCAUACACCAUCAUGGCUGGGGGCUGGGUUUCCUGCUUCCUCCUUGCCCUGCUCCCUAUGGUGGGAAUCAGCAGCUAUGCCAAGGUCAGUAUCUGCCUGCCAAUGGACACCGACACGCCCCUUGCUCUGGCGUACAUUGUCCUGGUUCUGCUGCUCAACGUCGUUGCCUUUGUGAUCGUCUGCUCCUGCUAUGUGAAGAUCUACAUCACAGUCCGGAGUCCCCAGUACAACCCUCGAGACAAAGACACCAAGAUUGCCAAGAGGAUGGCUGUGUUGAUCUUCACCGACUUCAUGUGCAUGGCCCCUAUCUCCUUCUACGCCCUGUCGGCACUUAUGAACAAGCCUCUCAUCACCGUUACUAACUCCAAAAUCUUGCUGGUCCUCUUCUACCCCCUCAACUCCUGCGCCAAUCCAUUCCUCUACGCUAUUUUCACCAAGGCCUUCCAGAGGGAUGUGUUCAUCCUGCUCAGCAAGUUUGGCAUCUGUAAGCGCCAGGCCCAGGCAUAUCAAGGUCAGAGAGUCUAUCCGAAUAAUAGCACUGGUAUUCAGAUUCCAAAGAUUCCCCAGGACAGGAGGCAGAGUCUCCCCAACAUGCAAGAUGCCUAUGAACUCCUUGGAAACUCCCACCUGACUCCAAAAAUACAGGGACAAAGCUCAGAAGAGUAUAAGCAAACAGCCUUGUAAAGUGAUGCUACACUAUUCACAGUGGGAUUUUAAAAGGCUGGUUUCUUGAACACACAUUCUAAUCUACAACACACGGAUGCCUAGCUUCAUGCAGGUGAUGUUUCAUAGGAACACAGUUGUCUCUAGAGAGUAUUAUCUCCAAGAAGGGAGAUAAGCUAUCAGCAUAUCUGAGUCCCAGGUGAUAUAAAAAUAGUCUGCGCUCUCUGGGGGACUUGCCUGAUACUCGUCUGUGAUACUGUGCAACAUGUUCCACUGAUACCAGCUGUACCAUUCCCACAUCUAUCUUCUCUAGUUUAUGUAGUGCUGCUUUAUAUAAAAAAGAGUCAACAGAUGGUCAGUGUUCAGUUACUUAAGCAGGUCUAUAUUGGAUCCCCUGAUAUAACCAAAGAAAGUUUUUGUUCCUUAAAAUGAACAUGUUACACUUGGGAGGUGAAGGCAGGGGGAUCCAAAGUUCAUGCUUAGCUACAUAGUGAGUUCCAAGCCUGCCUGGGCUACGUGAGACCCCAUCUCAAGAGACCAAAAGAACCCUGGAAAGCCAAACACAACUAGAUGGCACGCAACUGCUUCCAUUCAACAUGAAACGGGAGAAGUUUAGCUUUGAGGGGAUCUUGUUCUUUUCUUAGACUCUCUUCGCCAGAAUCUACCCGCUGUGCCCCAACUGUUAGGCAUUGGUUGGAGAAACUGCUGAGAUUUCACCUUUUGUGGCUGAGCAAUCUGAGGAGUAUCUUCUUGUAGAAGAUGUGAGCUCCGGAAGGCAUUUCUAGGCAACACGUGGGAAUGAGGACCGAGCACACUUAGUCGCCUGUUGAACAAUAUAACUAUAGGCCACUUAAUAGUUGAGUUCUGAGUAAGUCCCUGGAACUCCAAAUUCUCUAGAAAUGGAGCCACUUGAUGUCCUCUUCCAUUUUAAGAACUCUAGGUAUAUCUUGUCCUCAAAGAUACAUUUUCAUGACAAAGAGGAAAAGCACCACGUAAGAAGAAUCUGGUUUUUCUGUCUUGUGGAGCUGCUGUCUACUUCAUUUUGGAACCAUGAUAUGACCCAAAAGAUUUUUCUUUAUUUCAUUUUGAUUAUCAUGUCUGAACCAAAAAAUUCUACCAAGUGACUAUAUGGAGACAGAUCCUAGUUAUUCACCUAAUUCCUUUAUCUAUACUGCUGUUAAGUCCAAAACAGACUGGAAUUUGUGUAAUAGACUAAUAGUACAGCCUGGUGUUGUGGUGUGUGUCUUUAAUCCCAGUACUGGUAAGGUAAGGCAGGUGGAUCUCUGAGUUUGAGGCCAUCCUGGUCUACAAAGCAAGUUCCAAGACAGCCAGGGCUACACAGAGAAACCCCGUCUCAAAACAACAACAACAACAACAACAACAACAAGAUAGACUAAUAAUAGAGUUAUUAUUCGACUGUGUAGACUCACUUCAAAACAUUUACCUCAUCGUUCCAGAUUGGUUCUUAGCCCUCUGCAGUCCACCCCACACUAACACUGUCAAGAGAGAACUCUUUCCAUCUGACAUGCCGGUUUCCUUCUAACCCUGCCAGUCAUUGACGUAACACAUUUCUGUCCCCAUAGUAAGCUUGCUUCAAACAGCCGUGAACUGUGUCUACAGGAGUACCUUCCGGGUUUCCUGUCAGGAGAGCUCCUUACUACAUUGUUCUGGUCUCUCCUGCAAGCAGAUCUGACAUUUGCUUCUCAGUGCUCGUGAACCAAAUCAGGAAAUAAAAGGGUGUUGUCACUUUACGUCUGUAUAGGAGGGUUUAUGGGUCAUCUGAUGCAGUCCUGGCGUGGCCAGCCUGGUGUUUUGUCACGGUCACAUAAGCGUUGGCUUUCCCAAGAGUUCACUUGUACUACUGAAAUUAAACAAAGGUGUUACCUUGUGGCAUAUGUUUCUCUCUUGUGACAUUUUGAAAAUCACAUCUGGGACAGAUGAUGUGUCUCAUCUUGAGUAGCUGAUCGAGUGCUUUGAAAACAAAGUCCUAGAAGAGUGACUUCAACAAAAUUGCUAUUAAAAAUUCACAUUGACAAAAUGAAAUAAAUUUUCU